CGAGACGUCUAUGAAGAGGUAUGUCCAAUAAGCCAGCCCCAGCCACUAAUGUCAAAUGAAGACCGAGGGCUUACAAGAAAGCAGGCUUUGCUGCCUCCAAAAAAGAAAAGUUACGGGCCGCCUAAAGCUGCACCCUCGGAGCCUCAUCCAAACCAACAAAUCAAGGGCGUCGAUCAAAGAUCUGUACCUUUCACCAAUGGAGGUAAAGGAAAUCGCCCCAAACCACCCCCGAAAGAGCGCAAACCCAAGCAAGUGGUUAAGGUAUCGCCACUACCGCAAACUGACGAUGAUUUAUACGACGAGGUGUAUACCCUUGAUAAUAAUGGGCGAGAGCUUGAAGCCAAAUGUGACGCUGAAAAAGACAGAUGCAGACCGAUCUAUGAGAAGGACGGAUCAGUAUCAUCAGUUGAAAUGAGGGUAAGCGUGCAGAUUCCUAAAGAGGAGUACAGGCUUGGAGACAUCUCCCUUGGUGAUAACGAUGGAAAUAUCAUAGUUGAGACUACCAGGCUGCCGAGGUAUUUGAAGGCUGGUGAUCAAUUGUUGCAGAUAAGUAACAUCGACGUUACGAACACGGGGAAGGACUUUGCUCAUUGUUGCCUCAAUCGUGUGAAUUCAGAAAAGGUUUGUAACAAAAGGAGUAGUAAAGCAAACACUGAAAUGACAUUCGAACGAUGUGUUUCAUUAGCGAGUUAAUAUGUCGGUAAUGCCCGUCAAAUGACAAUGAACAGCUCGGAGGUCCUUGAACACCUGGGAGGUCCUUGUCGAAAAUAUUUUUGAUGAACAGGAAAAAACAGUUUCGUUCUAAGUUUCGGAGCUGACGAACGAUUGCAAAUAUUUCGUUUGUAACUGCUGUUUUG